GCACAGGGACCCCCGGUUCCCCCACCGCAAGGUUUGGGGACAUCCCCCCCCAUUGCCCCCGGCUCUCCCUGGCACUCCCUCGCCUUUCGCUUCCCGCUGCUCCCGGACCUUCCCCGCCCUGGCCGCGGGGGACGGUGUCGGGGCUCUCCCGGGGGGCUGCUGGUGGUGGGAGCUCUCCCCGCGGGUUUUUGGGGUCUCCCUGGUCCCUGCUGGGGUCGGCUUUGCUUUCCAGGGAUGGAAAACUUCAGUGGGAAGUGGGGCAGGACCCUGCGCAGGGCAGGGCAGGCCGGGCUGGGAUGGGGCUGUCCCUGCUGCCAGCUUCUCCUCUCCCCAAAAAUCCCCUGUUUGGAGGACGUCGGGUGGCCCAGGAACUUCACAAAGAAAUCCUGUCCUGUGAACAAUGAAGAUCUUAGACCCGGGCUAACUCUUAGAGGUGCAAACCCUUUUUGAAUCCUUCCUUGCUGCUCUGGAGCAGAUGCUGAGGCUCUUUGGAGGGACCUUCUCCAGUCUCACACGGCGCCUGCGUGACGGCAGAGGAAGCAACGAGAGAGUCACGACCCUGUGCCCGAGUGCUGAGCCAUGCUGGGCCGGAAAACACGACUCCCCCAGGACCUGAACAGCCACCGCCAGCUGAACCAGUCCUGCCAGGAGGCCGUGCCCCUGCGGACCCGGGCGGCCAAGGACACAGAUGUCAGCUUGGAGGUGUUCAGUGGCUCCACGCCGGAGAUCAAGCCCAGCCGCAGCCGAGCCCAGCAGAUGCGGGACAGGAAAGGGCGCAAAGCUGAGCUCAAAGACUCCAACGGCAGAGAGGCAGAGACAAUUACCUUUAUCUCUGGCACAGCAGAGGCUCCCCCAAACCAGAGCUUUUGCUGUUCCUCUCUGUCUCAGGCCUGGAACACGUACAAGGCUGUUUUCUGUUGUAUAGUGACCUGUGGGGGCUGCUUCCAGGACUGCAGUGUCUGUGUCCCCUACCCGGGGCCCACCGAGACCUCCACUGACGAUGGAGACUAUAACGGGCGGCUGCCAAACAGCCCCACCAACGUCUCUCCCGCUGAGAAGAACGGGAACCAGAUAAAAAAGUCCAGCGUGGGCAGCAGUUUCAGUUACCCGGAUGUGAAGCUGAAGGGCAUUCCUGUCUACCAAAACAGGAGCCCCAGCCACCAGCUGGAAUCGGAUUCCUGCUGCAAGGAGCUGCUGGAGAAGCCCUUCAGGAACAGCAUAGAAAAGCCGCCGCUCCCCAGCAGCCACCGGAGCUCGGAGGAGUAUUAUUCCUUCCACGAGUCUGAUGUGGACAUCAGUGAGCUGAAUGGCUCCAUGUCCAGCAGGCAGAUCGAUGUCCUGAUCUUCAAGAAGCUGACGGAGCUCUUCAGCGUCCACCAGAUCGACGAGCUGGCCAAGUGCACCUCGGACACCGUCUUCCUGGAGAAGACCAACAAGAUCUCGGACCUCAUCAACAGCAUAACUCAGGACUACAACCUGGACGAGCAGGAUGCUGAGUGCAGGCUGGUCCGAGGCAUCAUCCGCAUCAGCACCCGCAAAAGCAGGGUCCGGCCCCACAUUUCCAUCCCAGCCAGCCAGAGCCACGAGGAGAAGUCCAGCCGGGGCAACGCGCCCGACAGCGGCAACGAGACGAUGCUGGAGUCCAUGGUCAUGAGCCAGGAUGAUUUGGCCGUGCAAAUAUCGGAAGAAACGCCGGCAGAUGUGAUGGCCCGGAAUAUGAGGCGGCACAGCAGCGCAGGCUCUCCAACAAGCAGAGAUUCCUCUUUCCAAGACACAGAGACUGACUCGUCUGGGGCACCUCUGCUUCAGGUGUAUUGUUAAAGGACCCAGGCAGCAGGCAGGCAUUCCAGGGCUUUGCUGCAGUCACAUUCCUCCUCUUUCCGUAUGGAAUGUGCUAGGCCACUUUUCCCCCCCCCCCCUCAGUCUACCCUGAUCCUUUAUUGAAGCCAAAUUCCUCCUGCUGCCUGAAUUUCACCGGAUAUUUUGGGGUUUUUUUGGACAAUGUAGAACAUCAAGGAGGAGAACUGUGGAGCUAAUGAACUUGGGAGGCGGAGUGUGUGCCCAGGGAGGAGAAGAUGGACAAGGAAGUAUCAGAUGACUUGUGCCUCCGUGAUUUCUGUAAAUCAUGUUGAGCUCCAACAGCCUCAGUGGCCCAGCCCUUUCCCUGCUUUGGGGAUCUGUUGUACAGUUCUUGCUUCCUGGCACUGCCUGAGUUAACUUGGGUAGGGAAUAACUGAGUGGUGUCUCUGUGUUGGUGCUGAUACUGAGGCUCUAGAGACCCAAAUCCCUCUCUAGGGACCCAGAUCUCUGUCUAAAGUGGCUGGGUUGGUCCCCAAAAAACCUGUGUGCUCCACCCAUGGUGUUUGCAAUAGCCAGAUCCGCCUUCUCCCUGCUGACCCUUGGUGUCAUCUCCUGCUGCCUUGGGAGGAGAAGGUUCAGGUAAAGGGGUUAAUUUAAUUUUUGGCCUCUUGGUGUGUCUCCUGAGACACGGGAGGUGGGAUGGCUGCUCAGCUGCUUCCUUCACCCCCCCGAGCAGACCAUGGGCAUCAGCUCUGCCAGCCUGAUGUGAACUAAAGCUGUGAGGUGUUCCCAGGUGCACACACUGACCUGUGACUUCCCUGCCAGUCACAGCUCUUCCUCACUCCUCUGCCAAACCCUCCACGUUUCCCAUCACACUGGGCAAGCCUGAAACCAGGGCUGUGGCAGGUGAGGGAAAUAGUUUGUCUCUAACUUCUUGUGUUUGCUAGAAAAUGCCUUAAAAGUGGCUUGCUUUGAAAGGAAGGGCUCCUGAGAGUCUUGCAGAGGGUUUGUGAGGCACUGCUGGUCCUUUCCUUCCCCUCAGCACCUUCUCCUUCCCUUUGCUCCUCUCCACCAGGCAGUGGGAAGCAGGAGAUGGGGCAUUGCUACCCCCAGGGCACAGUGCCAGGUGACCUUGAGGGCUGCAGCACUGCAGCAGGAGGAAGCUGGAUCUGUGGUGUUGCCACUUGGUUGUUUAUCAGAAAGUAAACACGUGCAGCCACGGGACGUGUUUUUACUUUUGGGUGUCCUUGGACAUGAAUAGAAAACACUUGGUUGAAUUUACCAGCCAUAGAAUGAACGCACCCACUGGUUUUGGGGGAGAGGGAACCCAAAAUAGGGCCUGUGCUUUGGUGUGGACCAUGUUUUUGUGCCUUUGUUUGACUGGAAUGCGCUUUAAUUGGACCGAAAGGUGCCUUAAUUGAACUGAAAUGUGCCUUAGUUGAAUCGAAAUGUGCCUUUAUUUCACAGCCUGUGAUUACUCUUUGGAAGGCUGGGUAGAGGGGAAGGAUUUAAUUCCUCUCUUGAGCAGCCAGGCUUAUUUAAGAGGGGAGAGACUGAGCCUCAGAUUUGGCUUCCCCUCCCUGCUUUGUGUUUAAAGCUGUUGGUUUGUGAAAAGCCCAGUUUAUACAAGAAGACUUGAAGCAAGGCCAGGCUGGGACUCCCAGAAGAGCCGUGUGUGGUCACCUCCUCCCGUACGGAUGGACCCGCCUGGUUUCUGCUUCCCAGUGGAUUAUUUGGACGUUAUUAUUUGGACAAGUUUACUCAAACCUGUGCACUGGGGCUCAGCACAGGUCAUGCUGACACACAGCAGCUCUGUGGGCUGUGCUUUGGAGACGAGGGGUGAGCUGGACUUGCAACGAGCUGCGACCGCUGGAGCAGGUGAAAUAGUCUGUGUGUGAAGAGUGAAUGUGUGGGGAUUAAGCUUACAAAAAAAGCCAAAAAAACAACCCCCUCUCCCCCCCAGCCCCCCCCAAAAACUGACUAAGAGGAAGAUUUUCAACUCGAUGGUUCCUGAAGCUGGUUCACCUGUGGUGUCUUAUGGGAUUCUUUUGCACUCCUUGGCCUUAAAUGUUCUGAUUUGGUCUUUUUUAUAAAGUAAAAGACGUGCUCUUUACCCGU